GCGAAGCUGUCUCCGCCCCCUCUUGAUGACUUGCUCUGCCUCCAGCUGAGUCAAUCAGCUAUCAAGUAGCUUCAAACACUUAAAAGCUGCCUGAAAUUCAGUUUGUUCUCACUGGCUGACAAAAAAUAAAUUAAAAAAAAACAAUGGAGAAAGUGUAUCCUCUUAAAGAUAUGAGCAGUUUUGAGUGUUUUUCACCAUCAGAGCUGGACAGGAAGUUCUUCGGGGAGCAGAGUCUACCGUCACUGGACCAGCUGUCGAUAUCAGCCAAUGGUUCUGAUUUCAAACCCCCCAUCCUGGCGUCUCUCUGCGUGCCCUCGGACCUGGCAUCUCCAACUCAGGCAUCUUCUCUCAGUGACUUGAACACCCAAGACGCUGAGAAUUGUCACCUGAGGGUACCACUACAGGGCAAGUCAUCUACUCCCUAUAUUCUCCUUCAAAAGCAAAAAGCGGUUGCUCGUAUCGACCAGUCGUACAAUGACCUCACGACCUCUCAAAUGUCUUGGGAUGUGUCUCUGAUCAAGUCUGAGAACAACAGCCCCAAACUCUUCAUGGACUCGAGCGCUUUGGAAACCGUGUGGAGUCCAAAACCGCAAUGUCAGCUACAGCAUAGACCGGAUGUUUCUCCUUGACUUGGCCGACACUUGCAUCAACUGUUUGACCAAGAUGGCGGCCUUUUUUU